CGGGACUACACCGGUGCAUUUUGGGGGGCUUUAGCGGGGCGUGAGCGUGAGGAGCGCUGUAGACGACGCGGAACUACAACGCAGAGCACCUCGGGAGGCCUGCUCGCAGAUUUGUGGGAGGCGACGGGACUCGCCCACCCAUGCCCGGCUACGAGCUGCCCGUGGGCACGUGCCUGGACAUGUGUCCGGCCGCCGAGCGCGCCCAGCGCGAAAAGGAGCGCCGCCUGCACCGCUUCGAGGUGGCGCCGGGGCGCCGCGGGGAGCGGCCCCGAGCAGACCCGCAGCGCGCAGUGAAGGAGUACAGUCGGCCGGCCGCCGGGAAGAGCCGGCCCGCGCCGAGUCAGCUGCGUCCGCCGUCCGUGCUCCUGGCCACCGUGCGGUACCUGGCCAGCGAGGUGGCCGAGCGCACCGACGCGUCCCGCGCGGAGGUGGCCAGCUUCGUGGCGGACCGGCUGCGCGCGGUGCGGCUGGACCUGGCCCUGCAGGGCGCGGGCGACGCCGAAGCGGCGCUGGUGCUGGAAACGGCGCUGGCAGUGCUGCUGGCCGUGGUGGCGCGGCUCGGACCCAAUACAGCGCACGGGCCAGCGGACCCGAUGUUGCUGCAGGCCCAGGUGCAGGAGGGCUUUGGUUCUCUGCGGCGCUGCUACGCGCUGAGCGCCGGGCCCCACUCCCGCCAAGCCACCUUCCAGAGCCUUUUUCUGCUCUAUAACCUAGGCUCGUUGGAGGCCCUUCACGAGGUUCUGCAGCUCCCCGCUGCCCUGCGUUCCUGCCCAGCCCUGCGCACGGCCCUGGCAGUCGACUCUGCCUUCCGCGAAGGCAACACCGCACGCCUGUUUCGCCUGCUCCGGACCCUGCCCUACCUUCAGAGCUGCGCCGUGCAGUGCCAUGUGGGCCGUGCCCGCCGGGGAGCCCUGGCCCGCCUCGCUCGUGCCCUGAGCACUCCUAAGGGCCAGACUUUGCCCCUGGGCUUCAUGGUCCACCUGCUGGCCCUGGAUGGGCCCAAGGAGGCACAGGACCUGUGCCAGGCCCACGGACUGCCCUUAGAUGGACAGGAGAGAGUUGUGUUCCUGAGGGGUCGCUACACUGAGGAGGGGCUGCCACCUGCCGGGACCUGCCAAGUACUGGUAGGGAACAAACUUGGAGGGCGCACCCUGGAAGAGGUGGUCAUGGCAGAGGAGGAAGAUGAGGCUAUGGACAGACCCAGGUCUGUGACGUGAGGAGAGCUGUGCAGUCUUCCAGAGCCCCAGGACUGGGGCUGAAGCACUCAGGUUUCUUUUUUCAAGAUUCCCACACAAUAAAAGGAACUUGUCUUGCAGGGACAA